AUGAAGCUCCCUCUCCUCUUUCUCGCUCUCCUAGCCAUCAGCGCGGUCCAAGCCGUACGCUUCCGCUCGGCGCUGCACACCAUCCAACUCUUCACCCGCGAUCUCUACCCUUCCUCGCCAACCCAACAGAAACGCGCGACAAUCACCCUGCGCUACCUCUUCCGCAGGCCCGCCUGGUCGCAGCGCGAACACUGGCCCUACUUGGACCACUUCCUGCGCACCGGCGGGCUCAACUCCGGCUUCCUCACGCGCGACACAGUCCUCGUGGACGACGCCAUCCUCCACCUCGCACCCGGCAGCCUGCUCCAACACCACGUGUAUCUGAGACCGAGUGUGGAUCGCUUGAUCGAGAUGCAUUAUCGGAAGGCUAAGAGGGGAGGGUGGGCGGAGAGGUGGGACCGGGUCACGCCCGAUUUGGGGUGGGUGCGGAACGUGGGGAGGGGAGACUUUGAGGGUGUGCCAGAGCCGAUGACGGUUGAAGAGGCGGAAGAGAUGGUUGGGGAGGGGUGGAGGAGAGGUGUGAAGGACGAGCAGGGGACGGUGCGCGGUGACAGGCCCUUCUUCGGCUCGCACCAGCACUCUCUUGGUAGCGCAGACGGCAGUGAAUGA